AUGUUGGGUCGUGUACGCCUCAAAAAGUUCAUUCUAAAGGCAGAAUUUGAGGGCCUUAUAAUGACGUCUAUAGUUACGCCAAAAACGGCCACUUUGGCGGAGCUCCACGAGAGUUUGCUCUACAAGAAGCUCCAGUCGUCUAUAGACGACGCCCUGCCGCUCCUGGAGGCAAAUGGCGACGCCUCCUCCUUCAUAAACUCGAGAUUCGCCAACAAUGUCUUGGAAAUCUACGGAAUCCUCCACCAGGGCUCCUUUAACCGGCCGGAUAUGGCCGCACUCGAGUUUUCCGGCCUUUUAUCGCACAUCCUGCCGUUUCUCUCACUCGAGCGACUCCCAUUAGUUUCAGGACUCGGAAGUGAAUAUGAAAAGAUCAAAAGGGCGACGAUAAUGACCUGCGUAUGGGCGUUUGUCGAGGAGAGCGGAGGGACGGAAGACGUUUUAUCGAAAAUCGCAAAGGGUAAGUAUAUGUGA